ACACCGACUUGCUGUGCGAGGGAUUCUGGGUUCGAGUCCCGGGUAGGGCAUGGUUGUAAAAUGUAUAUUCUAAUAUUUGAUAACGACUAGAACUUGAGAUUCACGCUGCAUUUAAUGGCCCUUUGGCUAUGGGGGAAAGCUGUAGGCCACUUAACUAUAUUAAAAAAAAUAAAAAAAAGUUUGCACGUUUAUAGAGUGCUAGCACUAGUAAUUUAUUUACUCUAUGGUGCUUGCUAACAACAAUAUUUCUGCAAUAAAGCAUUUUUCUGCCGGGAAAAAUUUUAAAUUUAUAAAAAGUUCUUUUUUUCAAUUUGAAUCAUGGGUGAUUCGAAUCUAAUGGAUAAAUCUUUGCGGUCUGUUUUUGUUGGAAACAUCCCAUAUGAAGCGACCGAGGAAAAACUCAAAGAUAUAUUCAGUGAAGUGGGACCUGUCUUGUCAUUCAAGCUGGUGUACGACAGAGAGACGGGAAAGCCCAAGGGCUAUGGCUUCUGCGAGUACAAGGACCAGGAGACGGCACUCAGCGCCAUGAGGAACCUCAACGGCUACGAGAUAGGCGGGCGCACGCUGCGAGUCGACAACGCUUGCACUGAGAAGUCACGCAUGGAGAUGCAGAGUCUGCUGCAAGGCCCGGUGGUGGAGAACCCCUACGGGGAGGUGGUGCAGGCAGAGAAGGCCCCGGAAGCCAUCAGCAAGGCUGUGGCUUCGCUGCCUCCGGAGCAGAUGUUUGAGCUGAUGAAGCAGAUGAAGAUGUGUGUGCAGAGCAACCCCAACGAAGCUCGUGCAAUGCUGCUGCGCAACCCUCAGCUGGCCUACGCCCUCUUGCAGGCGCAAGUUGUCAUGAGGAUUGUGGAUCCACACGUCGCUGUGACGAUGCUGCACAAAGUGAACCCGACGCCCCCGGUGCUGCUGCCGGUGGACAAGCCGGUGGUGCCGGUGCCACUGCCGGUCCCGGUGCCCGCGCCGGCCCCCGUGGCGGUGCCGCCGGUGCUGGCGCAGCCCGCCCCCUUGCUGCGGGAGGAGCCCUGGCCCGCGGCAGCCCUGCCCGCCCCCCCCUUGGCCCCUCCGGCCGGGGACGUGGACCACCGCGUGGGCCGCAUGGGCGACCAGGACCUGCGCGUGCUGCCCACCCCCACCCAGGCCAUGCCGGCCGUGCCGCAGCGCGACCCCCGCGAGGGCUUCCCGCCGGCCGCGCCCGACCACUUCCAGAGAGACCCGAGGAUGGCGCCCGUGCCCGUGUCGGUCCCGGCCGACCGCUUCCCCCCGCGCGACCCGAGAGGCGAGCCUCGCGAGCGAGUGGACCCACGCACAGGUGCCAGGGCUGCGCCAGUGCCGGUGGUCCCCGUGCGCCCUGCAGCCCCGGUGGCUCCUGUGGUUCCUCGUCCUGCCUCCGCCGCGGGCCCCGGGCCCCUGCCUGCCGGCAUGCCCAACAUGUCCCCGGGGGCUCCCGGCGCCUCCGACCAGGAGAAGGCUGCACUGAUCAUGCAAGUGCUGCAGUUGUCCGACGAGCAGAUAGCAAUGCUGCCACCAGAACAACGUCAGAGCAUCCUUGUGUUGAAAGAGCAGAUUGCCAAGAGCACGCAGCGACAGUAACAACUCUCAAAAUGCUGUAUUUCAAGACCAUGUACUGAAAGUAUUUACAAAAAUGUUCAAAAAUGUUGCCCAUACCAACUGAAUAAAUAGUUACAAGGUAA